UCCCUGAUACUGUACACACAGACACCUUUUACUGUCCAUUGUGACUGAGAUUUACUGUUUCAAACUGGCGUGGGCUGGCGUGUGGGCUGUUGUUGGGUGAGGCCUCAUUGGGAUCUGACGGAGUUUGGGGGCUCGGUCGGGGUAGGACUGGUCGUUAGCUUCUGGUUGGACUUAGUUGGGGUCGUUUGGUGGCCCGGACGCGCGUUGGUCAUCAGAGAUCGGUAUGUGACUUUGCCCCUAGCGGGUGCGCCGGUCGAGGCUUAAUCAGUUGCUCUGGGUGUUCUGCUUAGUGGAGAGAUGAGUCGUUCGAGAGACAGAAAAGGAUUCUUCAGAUACACAGAGAGAUAUUGAGAGGGAUGGGCUCGCGUUGUUCGAUGCAGAGAGAGGCUUAGAGAGGCUGGAGGGUUUUGGGGAAAGUACUGAAGUGACUGAGCUCUGCAGGACACAGAGAGAUAUUGAGAGGGAUGGGCUCGCGUUGUUCGAUGCAGAGAGAGGCUUAGAGAGGCUGGAGAGUUUUGGGGAAAGUACUGAAGUGACUGAGCUCUGCAGGAACAAAUAUCGAUUUCUUUGUGUCCACUCAUUGCAUCUACGGACCUACCGUCGCUUCUUUCUUUCUGUUUUCUUUUUCUACAGAUUUUGGAAGAAGCCCCAAAUAUAUGAGCGAAACUCUCUUGCGGUUCUCUCUCUCUCUCUCACUCACUUUCUCUUCUCUCCUCUCAACCCCUCUAUUGCGGGGAGGUUCGUCAGAAUCGCUGAGACCGUCGAUGGAUCGCCGGAGGCUGUGCUCCUCAGAGAGAAGAAGCAAGGGAAGAGAUUUUCCCAGUGCUUUAGGCGACGGGAAGUUUGUUUGGCAGAUGAAGAACCACGUACCCUUUAUUUUGGCCAUUCGUUUGAUCUACCCUGUCUGCUCUCUUUCUUUUUUCCAUUUUUGGAUGAAAAGAGGGAUUAGAAGAAAAGGUUAGGAGUUCAUUAGUUCUCUCAUUGUUUAGGUUGCCCAAUACUUUCCUCUCUCCACUCUCCUCUCUCCUUCUCAAACUUCUCUCUGCUUUGUUUCUCACAUCUACUCUCUGGAAAUUAGUGGCUUAGAGCAAUCAAAUGGAGAAGGAAAAUAUGAGAGGACGAGCGAGGAAUCCAAGGAGACCCAGAUUCGUAAGGUAUGUUUUUAUCUAUUUUGGUGAUUUUUUUUUUCCUCAGUACUUAGAUGAAGCCAACAAUCUAUAGAUCUAUGGUUUGGAUUGUAGAUCCGCUGGAGAGGACACACAGAGGGGCGAAGAGAUCGAUCGAUGGGAAGUUGAUUGUUAACCCUGAUGGUUUAAGAAACCAGCGGAACUCAGAACAAGUAAAUGCCUGCUUUGUGUGGUCUCGAAAGGAUUAUGAGUCCCAGAUUUGCUGGCGUUUGUUGGGAAAACCACCAAGGCCGUUGGUUACCUGGAUUGCAAUUCGUGAUUCGCUGGUCGGCGUUAUCGCAGUGGUGAAAGCAGCUUGGAUAUGCAGUUAUUGUUGGAUGAUGGAUUUUGCCUCUGAGGGAACCUUCUGCUCCUAUUACGAAGAGCAAAUGUGGCCACCCGAUGGUUCAAUCGUAAAUCGGAACUUCCAAAAGAUCACUUAGUGUUGAUGUUAGCAUGUUAGUUAGUCACCUAAUUGAGGACAUGUAAACUCAUGGGUGUUCUGUAUUAUUUCCUAUUAUGCAAAACCUUGAUAUAAUGUUAACCCAUGGAGUGUAAUGCUGCUAUCUAAUGAAAGAUGUCCCAAAAUUUGAUUCAACAGCUCAAUACUGUUUGUUUAUAUGUUUACAACAAAAUUAGUUCAUUUGUUUUCUCAAAAAAAAAAAAAACUUAAAUAUAGCAAAUAUCUCGCGGCAGAGCGCGGGCCAGGAUACUAGUAUAUAUAAUAACUACAAACUUAACCAUAUCCGAAAAGGAAAAUGUUACCGACACUCAAAUCCGAUCGGGAGAAGAAACUAUAUUUGAGUUCGCCCCAGUAUUUCAUAAAUAACAAUAGGAAUUACACAAAGCAAUCUAAAUUUAGAUUUGGUACCAUAAAAAAUAAAAAUGAUCGUAUAACAAAAUAAAAAUAAUAUCAUAAAGUUUAUGUUGUCCUAUAUCAACGAAAAUUCUUAUUUAAAUUCUUAUUUAAAGUAAAGAAGUAAACCCAUUAAAUGGAACUCACUCCUAAAAAACAUAAUCAAACCACACUUUGAUUUACUCAUUGAUGUCAAAAACAUAAUCAAAUAUUCUUUUUAACUUCUUUCGAUUGCUCGCCAUUAGCAACAUUAUCAUCUCAACCAAUAACAUCACAUUUAUCUCUAUUAAUGAAACAUAUUUCCACAAUUAAUAGUUUCUUUCUUCUUCUCUCAAUUACAUUCAAAGCCAAAUUUGAAAUUUCUAUCAUAUUUGAUGAAAUCAAGCUUAUAUAUAAGCUUAAAUUGUCAGAAUAUCAUAGCAAGCUUGGAGUGUAGUAUUUGAUUGGAUCGUGAUCACCGAUUUGUUUGAAAUUGGCAUGUAAUAUGUUGUUGGUAGACUCACUUUGAAGUUCUCAAAGACAUACACUAUGUUGUCUUGAAACAAAGAUUGUCAAUCCUUAAUCAUGUGUUUUGAGUAUUUGCACCCAAAUACCAUUAUCCUCAGAAAAAGUAACAACAUUUAUAAAAUUACAAAUUUGAAUUGUAGAGUCCAAAUUAAUGUGGUCAUUGUGAAAGUAUUAGUUUGCCAUUCCUAAUCCAUAAUUAUCAUAUGAAGAUGAAGAAUACUAUUUGUCUUGGAAUCGAUUGCGAGUCACUUUCUAGAAACAUGAUUGGAGAUCCAACUCCUGUUGUUAGAUCAAAUAAAAUUUUGGUUUUCAUGUUGAUGGUCCUUCAGUAGUGAGAAUCUCAUAGGAAUAUGAGAAAAUUUACCACCUCAAAAAUCGGGAAUGCUCGCGAGCAGUGUACAAAUAUUAUGGUAUGCAUACUAAUCUACAAAAGAAACUUAGAAAUAAGACUCAUGACAUAGAUAAUUCAAAAAUGCAAAACCACUAAUAACUACUAAUACUUACCAUUUAUUUUUUGUAAAUCAAAUUAAAUAUAAUUUUUCUAUGAAAAUAUGUAACUUUGAAAUUGAAACGAAAGAGAUACAUUGUACUAAAGGAACCUAACACGUGGUUGUUACCAUGUUUUUAAAGGAUUUUUUUAAUUUAAAUCAUAUUUGCAUGAAAGUCAUUGUUGAAAUCACAUUAAAUAUAAUUUGUCUAUGCCAAAAUCUUUUAAUUUUAAAUAUUAAAACGAAAAAUAUACAUAUCAUUUAGUAACUUUAGGGUAUCGAAAAUUAAGGAGAUAUAAUGUGCUAAGCGGACACCUCUAAUUAGAUGCCUACAAAAUUAAUAUAAAUUUUUAUCCUUGCAAUUUUUAUUUUUAAAUGAUUUAUUAGAUAAAAGAUAUAAUUAAUCAUUGUGAGGAUGAAGAGUGAUAAUAGUGUCUUUAUCUUGUCGAGUUAUUUAAUAACGAAAGAAGUUGAGUUCAACUACAAUUACUUGAUGAUAAAAUUACUCGAGCUAAUUAAACUUGAGUUCAAUU